UCCCUUUAGGCAAUUCUGUCAAAACUACGUUAAGUGCUGUGUCUGCUAGUUGAACUUGUCGAUUUGUCAUUAAAGUUUAUCUUUGAAGUGCAUAUUUCUGAAAGCAGAGCGGUAGAUUAGCUGGUCGUUAUGGGAAAACUAUAGUCAGCGUUCAAGUUAUCUAAUAAAUACGAAAAGAGUCAAUGUACGUGAAAAAUUUCACGGUAUAACGCAAAGAAGCUCGCCACGUCAUUGAAUAAGUGUGUUCACACCGGUCUGUCCAGUUGUCACAACUUACAGAAUUGUGAUCUGUUGCACAGUGAAAAUGUCCAUGUAUUAUAUUAGCGCCUUCCCUAGGAUCUUUCUCUCCUUUAUUUUGUUUUCAUUAGUAAUUGGAAGAAGUGUUGGCUUCUAUAUCCCUGGUGUAGCUCCUGUAGAAUUCAAAAGUGGAGAUACAAUUGAAGUCAAAGCAAUCAAGUUGACCAGCACACAUACCCAGCUCCCAUAUGCCUACUACAGCCUUCCCUUCUGUCGUCCAAAAAAUGAUAAAUUUGAAUUUAAAUCGGAGAACCUGGGAGAAGUCCUAAGAGGAGACAGGAUUGUUAACACUCCCUAUGAAGUGAAGAUGUUGAAAGAUAUUAAAUGUAAGCUACUGUGCCAUAACCCUGAAACACCAAUGACUUGGGAAGAAUCCAUGGCCAAGGAUGUUAUCAGCAAAAUUGAACAUGAAUAUUUUGUUCAUCUGUUGGUUGAUAAUUUACCCUGCGCAACACGGGUAGUUAACCAAGAUUCAGAAAAUAUUCAGUAUGAGCAUGGUUAUAGGCUUGGUUUCCUUCACAAUCAAAAUGUUGCCUUGAAUAACCAUUUGAAAAUUAUUCUUCAUUAUCACAGUGAAGACUCAAAAAACUAUCGAGUUGUGAGGUUCGAAGUUGAAACACGUAGCGUGGCUCAUGAAGAUAUAAAGUUUAACGAGGAUACCUGUGAAUUUUCUGAUAACGCUCGCCCGCAGUACAUCAGCCGUGUGGGCAAAUCCAAGUUGUUCUUCACUUAUUCAGUUGAAUGGAAACAAUCGGAUGUAAGAUGGGCCUCCCGCUGGGACUCUUACUUAGCCAUGAGUGACGUGCAGAUCCAUUGGUUCUCGAUUGUUAAUUCACUGAUCGUUGUGUUUUUCCUUUCGGGAAUCCUGACAAUGAUCAUUAUCCGGACUCUUCGGCGUGAUAUUGCAAAGUACAACCAAGACGACAGUAAUGAUGAAACGAUGGAGGAAUCUGGUUGGAAACUUGUCCAUGGAGACGUUUUUCGCCCUCCGAGAUAUCCUAAACUCUUUGCUGCCGUAAUCGGCAGCGGUAUCCAAAUUUUCUGCAUGGCAGUUGUGAUUUUGUUUUUUGCCAUGCUCGGUAUGCUCUCGCCGGCAUCUCGUGGGGCCCUUAUGACGGCUGCCAUUUUCCUUUAUGUUUUUAUGGGGUUAAUUGCAGGAUAUCACUCCGGACGACUAUACAAAACCAUGAAAGGGAAAGAAUGGAAACGUGCUGCAUUUCUCACUGCAAUCCUUUAUCCUGGCUUUAUGGCAGCAAUGGGCUUUUUCCUCAAUUGUUUCAUCUGGGGGAAACACAGCAGUGGAGCUGUACCCUUUACUACAAUGCUCAAGCUGUUAUGCUUGUGGCUCUUUAUUUGUUUCCCCUUGGUUUUCGUCGGUUAUUACUUUGGUUAUCGAAAAGCACCUUUUGAGCAGCCUGUAAGGACUAACCAAAUUCCAAGACAAGUCCCAGAACAAGUCUGGUAUAUGAAUCCGAUUCUUUGUUCUUUGAUGGCCGGUAUUCUUCCAUUUGGUGCCAUGUUUAUUGAGCUAUUUUUCAUUUUCACCGCCAUUUGGGAGAAUCAAUUCUAUUACUUGUUUGGAUUCCUUUUCUUGGUUUUCAUCAUACUGGCCAUCUCGUGUUCGCAAAUUGCCAUCGUUAUGGUCUACUUUCAACUUUGUGGAGAGGAUUAUAAUUGGUGGUGGCGCAGUUUUAUAGUUUCCGGUGGAUCUGCCAUUUACGUAUUUGCGUAUGCAGUGUUCUACUUUGUAACGCAAUUGGAGAUAACUGAGUUUACGCCUACCCUUCUUUACUUUGGAUAUACUGCACUCAUGUGCUUCACGUUUUGGCUUUUAACCGGUACAAUCGGUUUCUAUGCUGCUCACUUUUUCGUGCGAAGAAUUUACGCCGCAGUUAAAAUUGAUUAAUACUACUUUUGUUUGAUUUAUGGUACCAAAAACAGACUUUCGAUUAAGUCAAUUUAAUAGAUGAAUACGUGGUACAUUGUAACAAAACGCAGAGCAUUCAAACUGUUGUGUCCAUUUUGUCCGUACCAUCGUUAAUCUCCAAUAAACGUGGCCCGUAAAGAAGUA